AUGGACGAGCUAGCGGCGCUGGGCAGACGGGCGGCAAGGGGGGUGGGCGAGGAAGGAGAGGGAGGACACCACCGUGGGGUGGGCGAGCUGGCAGUGCAGGGCGUGGACAGCGAAGAGGAGAGUGGGGUGGGGGAGGGGCAGGAUCAGGGGGAGGAAGAAGUGGAGAGUGCAAGGAUAGGUGCACCGUGCGCGGGAGCGGGGCGUGCGAGUGAGUGGCCCGGAGAGGCGCGUGGUGAGCUGGCGGUCGCUGACCAGAGAGCAGUGGGCGGGCGAGCGUCAUCCCAACCAUCUAUCGAGCUCCUUGCUCUCCCUGCCACGUUACUCUGUGCCGCCGCCCGCCCAACCCCUCCUCUGCGCGCCUCGCCCGCACUGCUGUGCGCCUCUCAUACGCUGCUGCCGCUGGGAGACGACUUGGGGGCAGCAUGGGGGGGAGAAUGGGAGGGAGGGAGUGAGGGGGGAGAAGGGGGGGAAGGGGGGGAAGGGGGGGGGCACCCGGACAUGGAGGAAUUGUGGCGGCCAGCAACAGGAACAGGCAGCAUAGGCAGCAUGGGAAGCACGGGCAGUAGAGGCAGCAUAUUUGGGAGGAGAGCGAGCAUGGAGGAGGGGCGUGCACGACUGCUGGCAGCUGAUGCAGCACUCACGGAUGCCAUUCUCACGGGCGUGAUCAUGCCCACACCCACCUCCUCUUCCCUGGGCUUCCCCCAGUGCCCGCAGCAUGGCAGCACCGCGAGUGCCCACAACGGCGGUGGCGGCGGCAUGGUGGGCAGUAGUGUGGAUUGCUGUCACAGUAUCAGCGUGGCCAUGAGGCGGCGCAGCCUUGGCAGCAGUGGCAGCGCCAUGGUGCUGCAGAGACAGGCAGCUUCUAGCAGUUGCAGGCCCGUGUCCCAAACAUCUCCUUCCCUCAGUUGCCCUCUCCAUGAGCCUCACAUCCCUCUACGCCAUGUUACCAUGGUGAAGGCAUGGCUCUGCUACGCGCAGCUUCUAGCACAACAGUAG